CAUGACCCUGCGGCGCCUGCGGCGGCUCCGGCCGAAGGAGGAGGAUGCGGCCCCGGCCCCGGCUCCGGAGCGCCCCGGCCCCGCCGACGUCUACCGGGCGCUGGCGGCCGCCGGCGGGACCCUGCCCCGCGUGCGCAAGGAUGCGGGGUUCAAGUGGAUGUCCCCAAGCGAGUCCCCAGAGGAGCACAGGAGGGUGGUGACGCUGGAGAAGAAGGCGGAGGAGAGCUUUGGCUUCGAGAUCCAGACCUACGGGCUGCACCACCAGGACAGGAACAGCGUGGAGAUGUUCACCUUCGUGUGCCAGGUGCACAGCGGGAGCCCAGCCGAGGCGGCAGGACUCAAGGCUGGGGACACGAUCACGGGGGUGAAUGGGCUGAACGUGGAAGGCAUCCGACACCGGGAGAUCGUGGAGAUCAUCAAGAGCUCUGGGAACGUGCUCAGGUGAGCCAGGGGACUGCCGGGGGGGGGGGCGGGGGGGCAAACUCUCUACGAGAAGUGGGGGGAGUACCGCUCGCUGAUGGUGCAGGAGCAGCGCUUGGUGCGGGGAGUGGUGGCCAAGGACCCCAGCAUCUACGACACGCUGGAGUCCCUGCGCUGGUGCCUGCAGGGGGGGGGUUUCCCCGGCUCCCCCCGCGCCAGCGCCGCCGGCAGUGACGACUCCUUGUACCAGACCUGCGUCUUCGCCGACUCCCUCGACAAGGACGGGGACGACGGGGACGCCACGGGACCCGCGCCCCCCCCGCCCCGAUCCCGGCCAGCCCUGACCCGCAGCUCCAGCCUCAAAUGCAGCGGGGGCGCGGGGGCCGCGGGGUUGCUGUGGGCACGGGCCGGAGACCCCCGGCCGGGGGGGGUGGGCCCCCCCCCCCCACAAGGCUCGCACAGCAGCUUCCGCCAGCGGUUGCUCAAAUUCAUCCCGGGACUGAACCGUGCGCUGGAGGAGGAGGAGAGCCACCUCUAG